AUGAACUACAAGCUCGUGAUCUUUGCUACCCUCGUCUCUGGCGCUGUAGCCGCAGACCACUGCGUCAUCAACCACGAUACCAAGUGCGGUACUGCUGGUCAUCUCGAUAGGCUGAACGUGGCAAGUCUGGAUGCCUGCAAAGCCAAGUGUUCAAGCACGGCCAACUGUGGAUUCUACAGUUACCGUUCCACCGACAAGCUGUGUGUCACCUGUAUGGCCGAGGGCAACAAACAAGGAUUCCCCGGUUUCACGUUCUACCCUCUCGACCCCGCAAAAUGUCCGGUAGAGGAGGUCACAGCGGUUGGUGCAACUACUGCGGGAGGUGUUCCCUUGUGCGAUGCGCCCGUUCACGCCAACAUGAAGUGCGCAUGGAAGCACGUGGACCGUCUCCACCGUUUGGUGAACCAGUCGGUCGAGCAGUGUCAGAAAGCGUGUGCCGACGACCCAGCUUGCGAAUUCUACAGUUACAAAUUCAAGGGAUCUGGCGGGAAGCACGAGAAGGUGUGCAUGGGCUGUGGGGCAGGCACUGCCAAUAGUAUGCAGCACCACCAUAACUUUCACCUAUACUCCAAGGGGUGCGUGGGAAAGCCACCACCCAUGCCACAGACCAAAACGUGGAAUGGGGACCUCUGUGCCCGUGGUACCGGUGAUCCGCAUUUCAUGACAUUUGACGGCAAGAAGUACGAUUGCCAGGGCGAUGGCGACUUUAUCCUGUCCCGAUCGUUGGAUAGUGGAUUCGAGCUACAGGGACGUUUCGGAAAGGUCCGUCGUCGACCAAGGGUUGCGACGCAUCAAGGAGCCGUCAUCAAGACUGGGAUUAAUGGAGAACCAAAGGUGGAAAUUGCUUACACCAAGGAGUGUGCCAUCUCGUACCGGAUCGAAGACACACUCGUCGAUCUGGACAACAAUGGGGGUAACACUGGAACCAACAUGGUCGCAUUCUUUGCCAGCGGAAACACCCGCACCAUUGAGUAUGAUUCGGGAUUCAGUCUCAAGGUCCAGCUCAGAUCCUGGAGUGGCGACUGCUACCUCAACGUUUAUCUUUGCCUUCCUGAGACAGUCGCGGACCAGAGAUUUGUUGGAAUCCUCGGUACCCCUGACGGCAACAAGAACAAUGACUUUACUGACCGCCAGGGAGUCUCUACCGGACUUGCCAUUCGAGCUUCCAAGAAAGAGGCCCACGAACACUGUGUCAAAACUUGGUGUACCCAUCCAAGCGAGAAUCUUUUCAAUGAGCCUACGGCAAGCCAGCAAUGCAACGUUGUUAUCCCCUAUGACGACGACCUGGAAACCAAGGUCGCCGAAAUCGCAACAACGAAUCCUGAAUGGUUUAGCUUGUGCGACGGUGACGAGGAAUGCCUGAUGGAUGCCCUUGCUGCCGACGACAUUGACCAGGGUGUGAGAACCCUCAUUGAUGGUGAGGCCGACCCUGAGCCCCCAGGCAUUGACGAAAUUGAGCCUGCUACGGUUCCCCAAGAGGAAAGGCCACCCGGCACACCACCACCACCACCAACCGAGCCAGCACCAACCAGCUCGACACCAGCCAACGAACGAUCCGGACCAAUUGACGAAACCUUCACCACAAAAUCGCCUCCAGGAGCCAUGGGUGAUCCUCAUUUCAAAACUCACGGAGGAGAGAUGUACGACUUUCAUGGCAAUGCUCAAGAAGAAGGGAUCUUGCUUAAUGGAGCAGCUCUUGUUACCGAGACGACCACUAGUGACGAAUGGCACUUUAGCAAGUUCGCCGGCAGAGUUCUCCGGUACAAAUCCGUGUCGGCCAACCACCGCAUUCGUCGUGAAGCUCACCUUCAUUUGGGAAAUGGCGAGAAGAUCAUGUUCAAGACCUUUGCUGACUUUGUCAAGGUGGAGUUCAUGAACGAAAGCGAUGACACUCUCAAGGGAUCCUUGGGAUUGUUGGGAACCUACCCCGACGGUCAGCGUGUUGGACGUGACGGAGCUACCAUUAUGGAAGAUGUCAAUAUGUUUGGACAAGAGUGGCAAGUCAAGCCUGACGAACCCAAGUUGUUCCACAGCUACACUGCGGACUGGGUUGUUCCUGCCGGACAAGCUUGCGCAAUGCCUGUUGAUAGUAUUGAAAAAAGCCAACUUCGCAAGCGUCGUCUUGCCAAUGGCCUUGUCGAAGAAGAAGUUGAGAAGGCCUGUGCUCAUCUCCAGGACCCAUCCGAUCACAAGGCAUGUGUCUUUGAUGUGAUUGCGACCCAGGAUCCUGCCAUGGCUGGUGCUUGGUAA